AUGGCGACGAAUGGUGUCAGUUCCUGGGGACUCGCGGUGGAUGGUGAUGCGACGGGCGGCGGCAAUGGCGCCAUCGCUGGCACGUGCUGGGAGACGCUGGGUUGGAUUCUCCGGGAGGCGCUAAGUCCCACGGAUAUGCGACGUAACAACGAACUCCCUUCACUGGAAGAGUCACGUACACUUCUUGAGAAGGAUAGCACCCAGGAGAAGGGUCAAAUGGGCACUCGCCAGACUUCAUUCAGGUCUAUUUUCGGCGGUAGUUCUGAUGGCGCGGAGGACCUUGAUGCAGACUCCGAAUCCACCCAUUGUGAGCCCCACAGGUACACUGGUGCAACCACACCCGCAAAGCUUGCGAACGAAAAUGUUGCGCCCUUUCUGGCAAGACACAUCCCUAAGCAAUACGCUCCCCUGGGUUCCCUAAGCGCACAACCGAGCGAAUUGAGCAGCGCGAACUCAAAGUAUUGCUAUCGCCACAGGCCAGACCUUAAGUGCAGAAGGCAGGCAGACGAACCGUCAAUGGACAAGUUACAGCGAGAAUUGGAGACCCUCCCUGUGAGCGACCAGGAGAGCAUUGCUCAUGUUUGGUCGCUCUUCUCAGCCGCCCCAGCGAAGCACCGAAAACUGAUUCUCCAAGGCAUCAUGUCUCAAUGCUGUUUCCCGCAGCUUUCAUUCGUGUCGGCGACCGUUCGUGACCUUAUUCGGAUCGACUUCCUUACUGCUCUUCCUCCGGAGGUCUCAUUCAAGAUUUUGUGCUAUCUCGAUACAACCUCACUCUGCAAAGCUGCCCAAGUGUCUCGACGUUGGCGGGCUUUAGCAGAUGACGAUGUCGUCUGGCACCGUAUGUGUGAGCAGCAUAUUCAUCGCAAAUGCAAGAAAUGUGGUUGGGGUCUUCCUCUUCUGGACCGUAAAAGGCUGCGGGAGUCCAAGCGUGAAAUUGAGUUGCGUGCUACAACCUGGGAUAUUGGCGGCGCUCCUUUGAGUCUCCCCACACCGGGACUCACAAACAGACAAUCUACGCCGCCCGAAAGCUCAACUUCCGCAAAACGAAAGCCCGAACCGGCCGAUGAAGAAACUGUCGUUAAGCGGCAUUGUUCGUCGUUGGUAGCCGAUUCAGAAAAGGAUGAAGAUUUUUUCAAAACCCGGUAUAGGCCCUGGAAAGAGGUAUACAAAGAUCGGUUUAAAAUUGGCACGAACUGGAAGUACGGGCGGUGCUCGAUCAAAACAUUUAAAGGACACACGAAUGGUGUUAUAUGCCUUCAGUUUGAGGACAAUAUCUUAGCGACUGGGUCCUAUGACGCUACAAUUAAAAUCUGGGAUACUGAAACUGGAGAGGAGCUACGGACUCUCCGCGGACACGAAUCUGGAAUCCGCUGUCUUCAAUUCGACGACACUAAAUUGAUCAGCGGCAGUAUGGAUCGGAGCUUGAAAGUGUGGAACUGGCGAACGGGCGAGUGUAUCUCGACAUACACGGGACACCGAGGCGGCGUAAUUGGCCUUCAUUUUGACUCCACGAUUCUUGCCUCCGCCUCUGUCGAUAAGACUGUGAAAAUCUGGAAUUUUGAAGAUAAGUCCACAUGUCUUUUGCGCGGACACACGGACUGGGUCAAUGCCGUAAGGGUGGACACUCCUUCUCGAACUGUGUUUUCAGCUUCGGAUGACUGCACCGUGCGGCUAUGGGACUUGGAAACCAAGACGUGUAUCAGAACGUUCCAUGGCCACGUCGGGCAAGUCCAGCAAGUGCUUCCUCUUCCUCGAGAAUUCGAGUUUGAAGAUCACGACGCCGAAUGUGAGAAUGACAAUGUCAGCACGACGUCUGGUGACGGGGAGUCUGCCUCUCUCCAGGCCACAUUAGGGUUGGACUUGAAGACACACUUCCAGUGUUCGCCGUUCGGGCCUUCGUUUGACAAUGGACGCCCAACGCCUCCUCGGUAUAUUGUCACUAGCGCUUUAGACUCAACCAUUCGGUUGUGGGAAACUACCACGGGCAGAUGCCUACGUACAUUGUUCGGCCACUUGGAGGGUGUCUGGGCCCUUGCUGCAGAUACUCUCCGUAUUGUGUCUGGUGCGGAAGAUCGUAUGGUCAAGAUCUGGGAUCCGAGGACAGGAAAAUGCGAACGCACUUUUACCGGACACUCGGGGCCCGUGACUUGUAUUGGCCUCGGCGACAGUCGCUUUGCCACUGGCAGCGAAGAUUGCGAGGUACGCAUGUACAGUUUCCAGGAUUAA